AUGUGGGUGGAUGCUCGUAGCAGAGCGGCGUAUCAGUAUUUUGGUGAUGUUGUAUGUUUUGACUCGACCUACUUGACAAACAAGUAUGAUUUGCCGUUCUCGAACUUUGUGGGGGUAAAUCAUCAUGGGCAAACUAUAUUGUUAGGAUGUGCGUUAUUGUCCCAUGAAAAUGCAGAGACCUUUGUGUGGUUGUUUAGGGCUUGGUUGUCAUGUAUGGGAGGAAAAGCUCCAGCCGCAAUAAUGACUUACCAAGAUGCAGCAAUGAGGAAGGAAAUUCGAAUAGUGAUGCCAAUGCCACAUACCCGACAUCGGUGGUGCAUGUGGCACAUUAUGCAGAAGUUCAGCCGGAAACUUGGUUCUCUUACAGAUUAUCCCCAAAUUAAAGUGGCGUUAAAGAAUGUAAUCUACAACAGUUUAUCACCAGAAGAGUUCGAGGAAGGUUGGGCUGAAGCAAUUAAAAAAUAUAAGCUGGAGGUAUGUGUUGAUGACACAAACAAGGACACAAACAAGGACACAAAGCAAAGCUCUAAGUGGCUUCAAGUUCUGUACAAGCAGAGAGAUAUGUGGAUACCGGCGUAUGUCAAACAUAUAUUUUGGGCAAGGAUGCAGACGACUCAGCGGGUUGAAAGCAUAAAUAGUUUUUUCGACGGCUACCUAAAGAAGAACACGAGAUUGUAUCAGUUUGCUCCUAGAUAUUGCAAGGCCAUGGAGAGUAGGGCGAAUGAUGAAAGAGCUGCGGAUGUGAAUUGUAGCCGUUUUACAAGGCCUUUGGUUGGGGAGUUUGUGUAUGAGAGAAAAUGUCAGAAAGUAUAUACGGAUGCGAAGUUUGUUGAAGUUCAGGUCCAGUGCACGCGGGUAUGUUAUGUGACCCCUGUUAGUAAAAAAGACAUUUCUGAUGUAGAGGUAGAGCAUACCGUCUCCGAUAGAGUGUGGAUAUGGUCGAAGUUUUUAAAAAAGGAAAUAUCUUUGGGUGGCUCUAAGCGUACUUAUGUGGUAUUGUUCAACAAAGAAACCUUAUUUGGGAAGUGUGACUGUAAAUACUUUGAGUGCCACGGCAUUGUUUGUAGGCAUAUAAUAAAAGUGUUAGACAUGGAGAAUGUGGUAACAAUUCCUGCAUCAUACAUUAUGGAUCGAUGGAGGAAAGAUAUUCAACGUAAGCACACCCUUGUGAAGGUAGCUUAUCAUGAUCCUGAGAAAACAAAGGAAAUUAAUCGGUAUGAGAAAAUUAUGAAUGCAGUAGAACCUGCUGCUUUACUUGGGUCCCAAAAUGAGCAAAAACUUGACAUAAUGCUUGAGAUGGUUCGGGCUGCUAUGUUACGGAUGGAUGUAAGUGACGUAGUGACAACAGAAGUGGCCGAUAAUGAAGGCGGUGCAGCAUCCGUCCUUAACAGAAGGGGCAGUGACGGACCACCAACGCUUGGGUCGGUUAAUAAACCGCCUAAUAGUUCUGGAGAAGAAAGCCCUUGUCAGUCACCACCCAUUCUUGCCAAAGAUCCUGUUCCGCGAGGUGGGGUAAAGGCUCAUAGGUCUCGUGAGAAACGUUUUAUCCCUCCUGGUGAGAAUACAAAGCCAGCUAAAAAGCAAGUACGGAAAAACAAGAAAGGCGUGGCUGAAGAUGCUCCUCCUGAACAACCUGCUACUAAUCCUCCUGUACCUUUUAAACAACCUAUGGAUCCGGUAGCUAUGAAUCCUGAUUACACCAGGCACCAAGGAAUAAAGUACGGUAACGCACAGAACAACUUCCAUCCCGGCUGGCCAAAUCAAUUUGUAAUGGCUGGGUAUAAUACGGUAAAUAUAGUGGAUCCGCAACAUCAAGUUGGAGGAAACAAUGUCCGUGCUUGUGUAGGUCAGAUGAGUGGGACUCUUAUAUAUCCGCAACACAACUACAACAAUGGAGCACCCAUGCAAAACUAUCAGGCAUCUGCUACUAGAGUAGGAGGUGGUGUAUAA